AUGAAGCUGAAGCUCUUCGUUAGCUCUUUGGUGACAUUGGGCUUUGCAGAUGACGACAUAAAGGCGGCCCUGGAUGUCACCGAAAGUGAGCUGGCCACACAUCUCUUGCAACUGGAAGGUCGCAAGCAAAGCGAAGAGUCAGAAGCCAAGACAGGUGAGAGAAGCGCCUAUGCCCCUGGCAAUUGUCCUUGGAUCAUGGACGACUGGCAUUAUCACCAUGGGUCCUUGGACGAAAACAAACAGCGAUGUCGAGACCAAUGCACGGAAGCUAAGGGUCACAAUGGCCGGCUGCAGACCUAUGGCUAUUCCAGCCUCUUUUGUGUUUGCUUCGGUGGGAAUUUGCCGGAGAACAGGCUUUGCGGAGACCCUCCGGGCUCAGUUUGCUGCAAGCAACCCCGAUAA